UUCUCUCUUCUUUCCCUUGCCCGCGUGCCCUUCUCCAGGAUGGCAGAGGCGGAACUGCACAAGGAGAGGCUGCAAGCCAUCGCCGAAAAGAGAAAGAGACAGACUGAAAUAGAAGGCAAACGACAGCAGCUUGACGAGCAGAUACUUCUGCUGCAGCAUUCCAAGUCCAAAGUGCUUCGUGAAAAAUGGCUGCUGCAGGGUGUACCCGCUGGAACUGCCGAAGAGGAGGAAGCCAGGAGGCGGCAGUCUGAGGAGGAUGAGUUCCGAGUCAAGCAGCUGGAAGAUAACAUUCAGAGGUUGGAGCAGGAAAUCCAGGCGCUGGAAAGUGAAGAGUCCCAGAUAUCUGCCAAAGAGCAAAUCAUCCUAGAGAAACUCAAGGAGACAGAGAAAUCCUACAAGGAGCUGCAGAAGAGCUUCUCCAACACGGAUGGAGAUGCAGUAAAUUACAUUUCCUCCCAGCUCCCCAACCUGCCAAUCCUCUGUUCACGAACAGCAGAGUUGUCACCUGGGCAGGACGGGACCAGCAGAGCAGCUGCUGUGUACGCCAUGGAAAUUAAUGUGGAGACAGACAAACAAACAGGAGAGACCAAGAUUCUCUCUACAUCUACCAUUGGCCCAGAGGGGGUCCAUCAGAGAGGAGUCAAAGUCUAUGAUGAUGGUACCAGAGUAGUGUAUGAGGUGCACUCAGGAGGCACCAUAGUAGAAAAUGGAGUGCACGCAUUAAGUGCAAAGGAAGUUGAAGAGCUUAUUCAGAAGGCUGGACAAUCAAGCUUCAAAGGAGGGCACGUAUCAGAAAGGACUGGGAUGGCUGAUGCAGGCCUUGGCCAUCCGAAGGAACACAUGCUCUGCAAGGAAGCCAAGUUAGAAAUGGUCCAGAGGUCUCGGAAGGACAACACUUGUGGGAACCCAGGGCAGCAGGCCCAAGCCCCCAGAGCCGAAGGGCCAGAAGCCAACUUGGAUCAGCCCAUCACCAUGAUUUUUAUGGGCUACCAAAAUAUUGAGGAUGAAGAAGAGACGAAAAAGGUGCUAGGCUACGAUGAAACCAUCAAGGCGGAAUUGGUCCUCAUUGACGAAGACGAUGAGAAGUCGUUACGAGAGAAGACAGUGACGGACGUGUCCACUAUUGACGGGAAUGCAGCAGAGCUCGUGUCUGGCAGGCCGGCCUCAGAUACCACAGAGCCCUCGUCCCCAGAAGGCAAGGAAGAGAGCCUGGCCACAGAGCCAGCCCCAGGUACCCAAAAGAAAAAGCGCUGUCAAUGCUGUGUUGUCAUGUGACUUCUUUCUUCCCCUUUCUUCUGGGCAGACUCUGUACUCUCCACCACUCACGUAGACCUCACUGUACCACUAACUGCAAAUACUGUGAACUGGAAGUGAACACCUGCCUUGCCUUGCCAUUGGAUUGCUUUGACCUCUCUUACGUUUUCCUUUUUCUUUUUUCUCACCUGAGAGACCACGUGCAUGUGUGUGCUUCAUUUCUUUCCCAUCCACCCCCAAGAACUCGCUUUUCCUCUAAAUUUUUCAUUGUGUCUUCAAGAGUGAAUCAAUUCCUGACUGCUCAAUUGGAAUGGACUCUUCAGAUCAGCCAGUUCUCUAGUAGCCUUAAUUCACUGGACUGGAAUUGAACCUAUGGGUACUGGGGAUUUUCAUUUUGUAGCCUGUUCCUCAUGUAGUCACCCAGCACCGCCACGUCCCUGAUUUACACUUGCCUCCCUCACUGUGGAUCUUUGUUUUGUAUAUCGUGUGUGGCAAAACGCUGUUGGCUCUAGCUGGUUGCUAGUGUAGCCAAAAAUGGACUUGACUUAGUCUGUCCAAUCUAGGGCGAUGCUUUUUGCUGCCUUACAUAAGCUUCCAGAUUACAGUAUUGUGCACCUCUGGCUUUCCCUCUGUUACAGUUGAAAUGACAUGGGUGUGAAAGCAAGGAACUCAGUGCUUGUCACAGCAGAAGUGUAAGGACUGAUCCCAUAACCUGCUCAUCUGCAGCUGUCUCUCUUCCUCUGGUUUUACUGAACCCUUUCUAUAAGAAGCACCAUUUUAAAUUUUCUAAGGACAUGAAACAAAUCUUGUUUGAAGCAUCAGUAGUGAUCUCCAAACGUAGACAGGCCAAUCCAUGAGCCUUGUUUCUAUUCUCCACCCCCCCCAAAAAAAACAUAAAUUUUAUAUUGCUUUCUUUGUCAUGGAUUUUUCUGAUCAUGUUCAUCUAUUUUCAAUGAAGGGAUCAUUUUUGAGGAGUAUUUCUGCAAUGACCAUAUUUCUAGAACAGUCUUUCUAAGACCCACCGUGGUUGCCACGAUGCUGCCACAUCAUCCUGGAUGGUGCUGUACCAUGUUCACUCUUCCUCUCACGUGCCCAGGUGAUGACAGGGCCUUGCUUCUGUACUCUUUUCUUUCUGUCCUCAUGAGAAAGAGAAUGUUUCAGAUAACUUCAACAUAUAGGGUUAAGCCCUACCCCCUUUAAGAAAAGUUUAAUGUAUACAAAAAAGAAAAGUUAAAACUUGAAGACCUGUCUUCCCAAUGCCAAGUAGCCAUUCUGCAAAGGCUGUCCAAGUGACAGAUGACUGAACUUCUCAGAGCAUUGUUAUUUAAUCUUUCUGGAGACUCUGAAAUAUCCAAGAGCAUUUUUUGAAAUCUAAAACACAAUGAAGAGUUCUGAAAUCAGUUCUAGAAAUGCCCAGAGUCAGCCGCAUGUAGUCAACCUAAAGGGAAGGAGUUGAGUAAAAUAAUUAUUAUAACUGUGAUAAAAUAAAGCUGUCCCAUGUUAAGUGGCUUCCAUUAGAGAUGUCUUAACAUUAAUUUGUUUGCCCGGGUGUUCGUUGUAUUCUGGAAACCAUGCACAAAAUUUUCUGUGUUCUCAUAGAU